AUGGAGGAGAACAACGACUCCACUGAGAACCCCCAACCAGGCCAAGGGCGGAAUAAUGCAGUCAAGUGUGGGUGGCUGCGGAAGCAAGGAGGCUUUGUCAAGACUUGGCAUACUCGCUGGUUUGUGCUCAAGGGAGAUCAGCUAUAUUAUUUCAAAGAUGAAGAUGAAACCAAGCCCUUGGGUGCUAUUUUUCUGCCUGGAAAUAAAGUCCUGGAACAUCCCUGCAAUGAAGAGAGUCCAGGGAAAUUCCUUUUUGAAGUAAUUCCAGGAGGCGAUCGAGAACGGAUGACAGCAAAUCAUGAGAGCUACCUCCUCAUGGCGAGCACCCAGAAUGAUAUGGAAGACUGGGUGAAGUCCAUUCGCCGAGUCAUAUGGGGACCUUUUGGAGGAGGCAUCUUUGGGCAGAAAUUGGAGGAGACUGUCCGUUAUGAGAAGAGAUAUGGGAACCGCCUGGCUCCCAUGCUGGUGGAGCAGUGUGUGGACUUCAUCCGGCAGCGGGGGCUGAAGGAGGAGGGUCUGUUCCGGCUGCCAGGCCAGGCUAACCUGGUCAAGGAGCUCCAGGAUGCCUUCGACUGUGGAGAGAAGCCAUCAUUUGACAGCAACACGGAUGUGCACACAGUGGCGUCACUUCUCAAACUGUAUCUCCGAGAACUUCCAGAACCAGUGAUUCCUUAUGCGAAGUAUGAAGAUUUUCUGUCAUGUGCCAAACUGCUCAGCAAGGAAGAGGAAGCUGGUGUUAAGGAAUUAGCAAAGCAGGUGAAGAGUUUGCCAGUGGUCAAUUAUAAUCUCCUCAAGUACAUUUGCAGAUUCUUGGAUGAAGUACAAUCCUAUUCGGGUGUUAACAAAAUGAGCGCGCAGAACUUGGCCACUGUCUUUGGCCCUAAUAUCCUGCGCCCCAAAAUGGAAGAUCCUUUGACUAUCAUGGAGGGCACCGUGGUGGUCCAGCAGCUGAUGUCAGUGAUGAUUAGCAAGCAUGAUCGCCUUUUUCCCAAAGACGCGGAACUGCAAAGCAAGCCCCAAGACGGCAUGAGCAACAACAACAAUGAUAUUCAGAAGAAAACCAGCAUGGGCCAGCUACAGAACAAAGAGAACAACAAUACCAAGGACAGUCCUGUGAGGCAGUGCUCUUGGGAGAAGUCCGAAUCUCCCCAGAGAAGCAGCAUGGAUAACGGCUCCCCCACAGCGCCGUCAGGCAGCAAAACCAACAGCCCGAGGAACAGCGUUCACAAGCCGGAUGUCUCCAGGAGCCCCCCUCUUAUGGUCAAAAAGAACCCCGCCUUCAACAAGGGCAGUGGCAUUGUCACCAACGGGUCCUUCAGCAGCAGCAAUGCAGAAGGUCUGGAGAAAGCCCAAACCACCCCCAAUGGGAGCUUACAGGCCAGAAGGACCUCAUCCCUGAAGGGCUCUGGCACCAAAAUGGGCACCCACAGUGUGCAGAAUGGAACGGUGCGCAUGGGCAUCUUGAACAGCGACUCGUUGGGGAACCCCAUGAGCAGCCGCGGCAUGUCCUGGCUGCCCAACGGCUACGUGACCCUGAGAGAUAACAAGCAGAAGGAGCACACGGGAGAGUCGGGCCAGCACAACAGGCUCUCCACCUACGACAACGUCCACCAGCAGUUCUCCAUGAUGAACCUGGAUGACAAGCAGAGCGUUGACAGUGCCACCUGGUCCACCUCCUCCUGUGAAAUCUCCCUCCCCGAGAACUCCAACUCCUGUCGCUCCUCCACCACCACCUGUCCGGAGCAAGACUUUUAUGGGGGGAACUUUGAGGACCCUGUGCUGGAUGGGCCCCCGCAGGACGAUCUUUCCCACCCGGGGGACUAUGAGAACAAGAGUGACCGGAGGAGUGUGGGAGGUCGAAGCAGUCGUGCCACCAGCAGCAGCGACAACAGCGAGACGUUUGUGGGCAACAACAGCAGCGGCAACCACAGCGCACUGCACAGUUUGGUGUCCAGCCUGAAGCAGGAAAUGACCAAGCAGAAGAUAGAGUAUGAGUCCAAGAUAAAGAGCUUAGAGCAGCGGAACUUGACGUUGGAAACAGAAAUGAUGAAUCUCCAUGAUGAACUGGAUCAGGAGAGGAAAAAGUUCACAAUGAUAGAAAUCAAAAUGCGGAAUGCAGAGCGAGCGAAAGAAGAUGCUGAGAAGAGAAAUGACAUGCUUCAGAAAGAGAUGGAGCAGUUUUUCUCCACAUUUGGGGAGCUGACUGUGGAACCCAGGAGAACCGAGAGAGGAAACACGAUAUGGAUCCAGUGA